GAGAAUUUUCUCACGAUGUUUCAUUUACGAGUGCACCGGCCGUCACGCAUUUUCGUUUACGUCGUUGCGGUCGUGUCAAUGUUGAUAAUUAUCACGCGUGCGCAGCAGGAAAUUGAUGAGCCAAUCACGGGCGAAGCGCAAAAGAGUGGCGAGUCCAAAUCAAAACUCGACGAAGAACUAUUCAAGAAACUGUUCGCCCAGCGGCGCAAGGAUCACAUAGAAGCUGUGCAAACUCUUCUAAAGAUGGACAGCUAUGAGCGUCUGUACAAAAUGAUCAUGGUGUUGGCUGAAAAAUUAGUGGAGGUCAUCGAAUCGAGCAGGAGUAUUAUCGAGAAAGCUGGUUUUAUACCGAACAACAGCUCUUUUCCGCAAGACACUGAUGUCAAGGAGGCAUUGUCCAGCAUUCUGGAGAACACCGCGCUCUUCGGGGACAUCAUCCUGCACUUGCCGGACAUCACUCACAGGAUACUAAAGACGCAGCAGAAAUGGAGCACUACGAUACAAUGGUCCCUGAAUUUCGCCAAUCAGACGCGUCACUUGUUGAAUAAAUCGACCAUCACGAUGAUCGGUCUGGCCGAGCAGGAGCUGAACAUGACGGAACGGGAUCCGAGCUAUUUUAAUCCCUAUAGGAGCGCUGCCCACGCCAGCAAGGACGAGGACAUUGCCAAAAAGAAGAAGAAGUCCGCGAAGAGAGAAAAGCGCAAAAAAGGACCGCAAAUUGCUAAAAUCGAGUUGUGAGCGUCGUCUUCGCUGCCUCGAGACUCCUCCGACCGGUUCCUAAGUCGCCUCCGUCGAUCGGCAGACUCUGUAAUGUGCUGUUAGAAUCUUAAGGAAGCAAAUGUUGAUCUAGCUCUACACUCUUGCUACACAACGAUUCCACAUUUCGUUCUGUGUCUUUCAGAAUUAAUAGUAAUGAGCUUCCAAAUAGCAUAUUUCGAGAGAGAAGUCUAAAAAUAUUUUAUUAAUGUCUAUAUAAUAGCAUAAUUGAUAUUAGAAUAAUUAAGAUUGUGCGAAUCUAGUGCGCACAUUUAUAUUUAGUAAUACUGUUGCAGCAUGCAAAGAUUCUUAUACAUAUCGAGUUUCGAGAGGGCCUUUUUUCAGUAUUAAAUAAAACUCAUUUACACAA